UGAAGAGACAAAUGAAAUGGAGGUCAGAGAGACGCAAAAGGAAGGAGAGGAACCUGAAGAACAAAACAAAAUGGAAGAGGGGAGGGAGAUACAGAAGGAAAUGGAAAAGGAAGUGGAAGAGACGGACAAAAUGGAAGCGGGGACGGAGAUACAGAAGGAAAUGGAACAGGAAGAGGAAGAGACGGACAAAAUGGAAGCGGGGACGGAGAUACAGAAGGAAAUGGAACAGGAAGAGGAAGAGACGGACAAAAUGGAAGCGGGGAGGGAAAUACAGAAGGAAAUGGAACCGGAAGAGGAAGUGACGGACAAAAUGGAAGCAGGGAGGGAAAUACAGAAGGAAGUGGAAAAGGAAGAGGAAGAGGAAGACAAAAUGGAAGCGGAGAGGGAAAUACAGAAGGAAGUGGAAAAGGAAGAGGAAGAGACGGACAAAAUGGAAGCGGGGAUGGAGAUACAGAAGGAAGUGGAAAAGGAAGAGGAAGAGACGGACAAAAUGGAAGCGGGGAUGGAGAUACAGAAGGAAGUGGAAAAGGAAGAGGAAGAGACGGACAAAAUGGAAGCGGGGAGGGAGAUACAGAAGGAAAUGGAAAAAGAAGAGGAAGAGGAAGACAAAAUGGAAGCGGGGAAGGAAAUACAGAAGGAAGUGGAACAGGAAGAGGAAGAGAUAGACAAAAUGGAAGCGGGGAGGGAGAUACAGAAGGAAAUGGAAAAAGAAGAGGAAGAGGAAGACAAAAUGGAAGCGGGGAAGGAAAUACAGAAGGAAGUGGAACAGGAAGAGGAAGAGAUAGACAAAAUGGAAGCGGGGAGGGAGAUACAGAAGGAAGUGGAAAAGGAAGAGGAAAAGACAGACAAAAUGGAAGCGGGGAGGGAGAUACAGAAGGAAAUGGAACAGGAAGAGAUGGACAAAAUGGAAGCAGGGAGGGUGAUACAGAAGGAAGUGGAACAGGAAGAGGAAGAGAUAGAUAAAAUGGAAGCAGGGGGGGAGAUACAGAAGGAAGUAGAACAGGAAGAGGAAGAGGCGGACAACAUGGAAGCCGGGAGGGAAAUGCGGAAGGAAAUGGAUCAGGAAGAGGAAGAGACAGCCAAACUAGAAGGUGAAGGAAACAAGGACGAGGAGAGGAGAGAAGAGGAGAAAUUUGAGCAAAAGAGUCAGGACGAGGAAGGUGAAAUGAAAAUGGAUGAAGAGGUGAGCAAACUGGAAGGAGAAUCGAUGGGGGUUGGAAAGGAGGGGGUGGAGGAAGAGCCGAGAGAAGAUACCGAAGAGAAGGUUAAUGGGGAAAUACGGAGGGACGGAGAAGAGGGAGAUGAGGGGGUGAGAAAUGAGGAAGAAGGAGGAAUGGAGGCAGAGAGGAAGGAGGAAGUGGACGAAAGGGCAAAUCAAGUGGGGGAGGAGAGCAGUAUGGCGGGAGCAAAGGAGGAAAUGGAAGUUGACAAGGAAGUGUGCGAUAUCGUUUAUGAGGUGGAGGAGCAGGAAGAUGAAGAAGAGGAAGAAAUUCUGGGACGUGGGGAGGUAGCUGAACCUCUCGAGCGAGCGGAAGGGGAUAGCGAGAGAGAACAAGAGGAUGGAGGAGGAAUGAAGGGAGAGAAAGAGGAGGAAGAGAAGAUGAAAGCGGAAAAGAGGAGGAAUGAAGAAGAGAGGAUGAAGGAAGGGAGGAGGAAAGAGGAAGAGAGGAUGAUGGAAGAGAGGAUGAGGAAAGAGAGGAUGAUGGUGGAAGAGAGGGGGAAGGAGGAAGAGAGGAAAGAAGAAGUGAUGAAGGAAGAGAGGAUGGACGAGAGGAUGGAGGAAGAGAGGAUAAAGGAGGAAGAGAGGAUAAAGGAGGAAGAGAGGAUGAAGGAAGAGAGGAUGAUGGAGGAAGAGAGGAGGAAGGAGGAAGAGAGGAAAGAAGAAGUGAUGAAGGAAGAGAGGAUGGAUGAGAGGAUGGAGGAAGAGAGGAUAAAGGAGGAAGAGAAGAUAAAGGAAGAGAGGAUGAUGGUGGAAGAGAGGAAAGAAGAAGUGAUGAAAGGAGAGAGGAUGGACGAGAGGAUGGAGGAAGAGAGGAUAAAGGAGGAAGAGAGGAUGAAGGAAGAGAGGAUGAAGGAAGAGAGGAGGAAGGAAGCGAGGAGGAAGGAAGAGAGGAUAAAGGAGGAAGAGAGGAUGAAGGAAGAGAGGAUGAUGGUGGAAGAGAGGAAAGAAGAAGUGAUGAAAGGAGAGAGGAUGGACGAGAGGAUGGAGGAAGAGAGGAUAAAGGAGGAAGAGAAGAUAAAGGAAGAGAGGAUGAAGGAAGAGAGGAUGAAGGAAGAGAGGAGGAAGGAAGAGAGGAUGAUGGAAGAAGAGAGGAUGAUGGUGGAAGAGAGGAAAGAAGAAGUGAUGAAGGGAGAGAGGAUGGAAGAGAGGAUGAAGGAAGAGAGGAUAAAGGAGGAAGAGAGGAUAAAGGAGGAAGAGAGGAUAAAGGAGGAAGAGAGGAUAAAGGAGGAAGAGAGGAUGAAGGAAGAGAGGAUGAAGGAAGAGAGGAUAAAGGAGGAAGAGAGGAUGAAGGAAGAGAGGAUAAAGGAGGAAGAGAGGAUGAAGGAAGAGAGGAUGAAGGAAGAGAGGAUGAAGGAGGAAGAGAGGAUAAAGGAGGAAGAGAGGAUGAGAGAGGAGUGCGAGGAAGAGAAAACAGGGGAGGAAGACGGAAGGAAAGAGGGGAGAGAAAAAGUG